UGGGCCCACUACGAUCCAAAAUUGGAACCCUGUUUAUCAGAUUACAUUUGUCACCGCUGUGAACGAAAGCUCCGAUCAACAAUCGCCGAUUUUGGAUUCACGAUGACGAGUUUUAUCUACCUGGAUUCAUCGCCGAUGGCAUUUUCAUUCGAAACCUUGAAUUUUCAGCCGGUGUUAACAAACCCUUUUUUCCCGCAUCCCCUUUUCUCGUAUUCGAAGCUUCAUAUUUGUGGCAAGGAACAUAAAUCUCGAGGCCCUUUUCAAAAUUCAUAUCAUCCAUGUAUGCCAGCUUCUACCCAUGGCUGGUUCAAAGAGAGGCAAACACUCGAAGGGUAAAGGAAAAUCCCAAUCAAAUAAGUCGGAGACAAUCAACAAGAAACCUGAAGUUUUCAAUUCGAAGCUUGAUUUGGCACAAUCAAGCAACAACCCUGAUGCAUUGGACAGAAGUAGGUGCAAAUACACAGAAAAGGAGCUGAAGGAUUUGUUUUAUAAAAAGUUUGAGUGGUUAUACGCUACAGCUAAAGAUUGGCUGUUGAAAUUAGGGUACCGUACGGCAGAAGUAGAAACAGCAAUACUAAGUGCUGGAUAUAUUCAUGGGCGGAUGGAUAUUCUUAAUAAUAUUUUGAUGAAUUCAAUUUCUUUUAUUGAGAAAAGAGUUGAACCACCAAGCAAUGCUUUCAAAGACAUGGGUGGGCUAUACCAUGCUAUGCUAGAAAGUAUGGUUGUAUCUUUCCAGCAGACUCGCCCAGAUUUGAAAAGGUCCGACGCCAUGUGCCAUCUUUUAGAGAGGAGCUGGUGUUGUGCUCCAUCAGUCACCCGAGCUUCUAUUUUGGAGAGUGAGAAUAGUAGCCACAGUAAAAAUGAAGAUGCUGAAGCCCUUGGUCAAUACUCUGCUAAGAGAAUCCGAUCUCAACUUAAUGCUGAUCCAUCAUUAAAGAGGGUCGGGAUUAUGGAAAGGGUCAAUUUCACGCCGGAAUUAGAAUCUUAUUUCAGGUGGAAUGUCCUUAGUGUUGCAGAUGAAAUGCGGCGGAAACUUGGCAUUCCUGUUAUUGACAGUGGCACAACAACAGAAAUUUCUGAUACAGUGAGCUCUGACUUCCUCACAGAAGUUUCCUAUGAACCAAAUGAUGCUCGGAUAGCCAAUUUGUUAAAAGAUAUUGGAGAACUGCAAGAAAAGGUGAAGGACCGAAAAUCAUGGGCUCAGAAGAAAACGAUAGAUAUCGCUAGAACGCUAAGCGAAGAUCUCCUGGAACUUAAGUUGUUAAGGAUGGAUAAAAUGGACUUGGAAAAUAAGAAACGAAAUGCUGAAAAAUCACAGAAACUCAAAAUGCUGGAGAUCAAUGAGAGUAGAUCAUCUCUCCAAAACAUGAAUCGUGAAUUAAGUUUCAGCAGUGAUGAUAUGGGAAGGCUGAGGAUUAAAAAUGCCCAAAUUAGAGCCGACACUGAAGCACUCAAGCUGAACCGCACUGAGUCUGAUAUGGAGGUUGCAGAUAUUCUGAAGCGAGAGAGAAAAUGCGUCAGAAAACUUUCCGUUGUUGAGAAGCAGAAUUGCAACUUGCAGUCACAGUGUCAGGAAGAGAAACAGACGAUGCUGCAGCUGGAGCUAGAGUUGCUUCAAGUUGAGAAAGACACCAAGGAAGACGAGGUGAGUUGGAGACAGAAUAUUAAGGAAAAGGAGUAUAUGCUUGCCAUUCGCGGUGAAGAAAUUCGAACAGCUGAGAUUCAUAAAGCCAAUUCAAGAGCCGAAUUGACAAAAUUGCGCCAAAAAAGGGAGAUGGAAAGUCAGCUAGGAAGGGAUGACUUUCAAAGACUAGAAGAUGAGCUGUCCCGUCUCCGCGUGUCUCAGCAAAUGCGAGAGAGUGGAGAUUCCUCGUACGAGGAUGCUGAAGCAACAUCCUCAGAAUCAAGUGCUCCUAUUGAUUCCUCUGAAAGAAGUAUUAGGCACUGGAUAUGCAUGAUGUGCUUGGAGAAUGAAGUGUCUGUGGUUUUUUUACCUUGCGCACAUCAAGUUCUUUGCUUUCCUUGUCAUGAAAGGAACUUGAGUACAGUGGGAGCACAGUGCCCAUAUUGCCAUGUUGGAAUUGAAGAAAGCAUCAAAGUGUUUGGUCCAAGCUCCUAAAUAGUCCAGAAUUUCAGGCAAGGAAAAUUGGUGUAAAAUUCAUUGUAUUGCUGUUUAAACUAUUGAAGAUGGAGAUGGAGUAGCCGUGUUUCAGACAUCAAAUGGUAGCAUAUUUGGUUAAUUGAGCUGUCUGCAUGUUGAUUAUUGUGGACUUGUUAAAAAUGAAAGCUCGACUGUUGGUGUUGGCAAAGAAUGCAGAAUAAAGCCUGGUGUCGAUGCUGAGGGUGGGAGAUGGCAAGUUGGGAAGAGAGUAUGCAGAGAGCGGACAUUUUGACUAACUAAUUUUGAGAAUUAAAUCGGAGUUUCCUUAUGAUAAUGAGAGUCUGCAGAGAGUAAAAAUAUUAUAAUUUGUUCGGUUUUGUUAAUCUUGUUUUCCAUGUCUUCUUUCCUCCAUUGCUCUUGUACAUGAUUUUGAUUAAAUAUACGACUUUAAUGACCGACUAGUAAUGUUUUCAUGUUUAGCA